ACGGCUCGAAGGGAGGUACUAAUGUAGGUCAUGCGCUAUCUAUGGCCUUCGCCUUGCUGAAUCAGUACCGUCUGCAGCAUGGUAUAGAUAAUUAUGGGCAGGGUCGUUGCCCCUGGCUUGUUGAACCCGGAUGCUGUCUGCUGUUUACCGGCGGAAACAGCUCGCGUCCGACCUCCUCUUCUGUCCAAAAAGCGAUAGGACCGGUAUCACCUUUUGGAGGCGAUGCAGAGGCGCCCGCUCCAAGCAUGACGUUGCAGCUCACGUGCUCGGCACAUGAUUUGACUCGAGAUCCUUAUCGGUGGGAUCAGCGCUUCUUCCCCUUCAUCAUCCACCACUCUCCGUCCCGUCCACUCGCAGACAGCAGCAGUCUCGACGAUUCCAAAAAGAGGGAAGAGGGCUCCAGUACAACGCCUUCUCCUGUCUCCACACAAAUUCCCUACUUCGCUGUCUUCAAGGCACUGGCGGACGCGACGGGUGGCUACUGCAGCGUGAGCGAGAGUCUAAUGGGGCUAACACUGAACACGGACCUCGUCAUGCACAAACUCGCCUUCGUCGGACCCAUGGUCGUGCUGGCUCCCGAUCUGGGCGCCGAGACGUGCGGACACGCCACUAAAAGCGCUCAGGCGCAGUCUCGAGCACAGGAGCAGGAGGCGGGACGACAGGGUCAGUCGCAAGUGGCCCUCUAUCCGCCAGAAACCUGCGGCGAGGCCUUCCAUUCCCCCCAUUUGACCUCACCCGCCCAUGGUGCCGACCCCAUCUCCUGUGCUGCUGCCGUACGGGCUAUUCUAUGCCUGAAUCAUGAGUCAGCUGGGUUCAGCUGGCCUAUUCCGGAGGCUUUUUGGGUGGACCGGACGCUCGAACAUCUCCCCAAACGCGACGCUCACCCUAUCCUGCUCUACAGCCGGCUUGCGACUGACUCAACGGAUGCGGCGCU